AUGUCGGAAGCGACGAAUAUCACUCAACCACCGGCAUACUCGAAAAAGUUCGUAGUGGUCGGCGAUGGUGGAUGCGGAAAGACAUGUCUCUUAAUUAGUUACUCGCAAGGGUAUUUUCCGGAGAAAUACGUUCCGACAGUGUUUGAGAACUACAUCACGCAAACCGUCCAUCGGGCGUCAGGGAAGACGGUCGAACUUGCCCUCUGGGAUACUGCAGGCCAGGAAGAGUACGACCGUUUGCGCCCAUUAUCCUAUCCCGAGACUGAUUUACUCUUUGUUUGCUUUGCUAUUGAUUGCCCCGCCUCUCUAGAGAAUGUGAUGGAUAAGUGGUACCCCGAGGUCCUACAUUUCUGCCCUACGACUCCAAUCAUUCUGGUUGGUCUAAAGUCAGAUUUGCGCAAUAAGAGGACUUGCAUUGAACUCCUUAAAACCCAAGGACUGACACCAGUGACCCCGGAGCAAGGUCAGACAGUGGCUCGGCGGAUGAAUGCCUCGUACAUUGAAUGUAGUAGCAAGGAAAUGCGCGGCGUGGACGGGGUAUUCGAAAUGGCCGUUGACACUGUUGUGUCGGCCGAAGAACAGUUUAGCUGGAACAACCGUCAAAAUCAUAGUGCCAGUGGCAAAGCUACUGGAGGUGGCGGCGGUCCUAAGAAGGUCAAGAAGCGUACAUGCAAGAUUUUAUAG